AUGCAAAGCAAUGGGUUGUAUGGAAAGCUGAGCUGUGCUGCAGUUUCUUGUUGCCAGCUGCUUAUUGCUGGUGCCUCAUUGAGAGACUGGUCACUCAUAUUUCCUCUUCUGAUCCGGGAAGGAAAACCAACACCAUUUCUUACUUUUGUGCUAGCACUUCUGUUCUGUGUUUGCAAUGGAUACUUGCAAGGCCGAAGCUUAAGCAACUAUGCAAAAUACCCUUCGGGCUGGUUAAAACAUCCAUGUUUUAUUACAGGUUUUAUAGGCUGGUUUGUUGGCAUGGCAAUCAACAUUCAUUCUGAUCAUAUUCUCAGAAAUCUGAGAAAACCAGGGGAGACUGGUUACAAGAUACCAAGAGGAGGAAUGUUUGAGUAUGUCAGUGGAGCUAACUUCUUUGGAGAGAUCGUGGAAUGGUUUGGAUUUGCCCUUGCAUGCUGCACCACUGAAAGCCUUGCAUUUGCACUGUGUACACUUUUCAUCUUGGGUUCAAGGGCAAAACAACACCACCAGUGGUACCUUGAGAAAUUUGAAGACUACCCAAAGAACAGAAAAAUUGUGAUCCCAUUUGUGUACUAA